AUGCUUCUCCAGAUGGAAGGACUGGUGAACAUUAACCAUCAAGAAAUUCCGGCAGCAACUGCUCCACCACCACCAGCUGCCGCCGCCACACCACCUCCAGUUACCACUACGCCGCCACCACUUGCAGUGACAGUCAACAAUGAAAACGAUGGGUUUGACUUUUUUGAUCCCCGUGGUGUUGUUCCUGCUCCUGCCCUUGCGUUUGCCUUGCAAGGAUCAGGUGGUGGAGAGAUGGAGGAAUUGUUUGGUUCUCUAUCAGAGUCUUUCUCUUCUUCAAAUGCUUUGGCUGUUGUAACAUCUACUUCAUCUAUAACCACUGAAGUUCAUCCUCCAGCAAAUACUAAUCCUUAUCUCACCUUCGAUACCUUAUCGACAAGUCGGGUGCGUGAGCAUUUGAUGAUCCGUUUGGUGAUGGUCCUUUCAAAGCUGUUCCUUCUACUGAUGGAUUUUCGGCUUAACCACCAACAUCACCCUUCACUACAACUGUUGCUGAACCACCAUCAUUUUCAUUUGACCCAAUGUCAGGGUCAGGGGGAUUUGGGGAUACUUUUGAUUUUGAUUCAACUGUUGACAUUUUUAGCUGAUAUAUUGCCUCCACCUGGACCCUCGCAAACUGCUUUUCCUUCUCAAAAUGGUCAAGCAUCUAGUCUUUCAGCAGAAGCAGCCUAUGCCACAGUUAGCUUUUCCACCUCAAGGUGUCCAGCAGCAGCAACCUAUGCCACAGUUAGCUUUUCAACUUCUAGGUGGACACCAAUCUAUGUCACAAUCAGCUUCUCAACUUCCAGGUGUCCAGCAGCAGCAGUAGUUGCCACAGUCAGCUUUUCAACUUCCAUGUGGCCACCAGUCAGCUUUUCAAAGUCUAAGUGUUCAGCAGUCUAUGCCACAGUUAGCAGCUUUACAAUUCCAAGGAAGCCAAUAGUGUAUGCCAUAGUCAGCAGCUUUUCAACUUCCAUAUAUGCAUUAGGUCACAUUUUGUGCAAUGUAUACGUCUUGAUUCAUCAGAAAAGUAAUGACUAG